AAAACAGAGAGAGAGAGAGAGAGAGAGAACCAGUGGGCUAUCUUCUUGGUCAACAGACAAUGUUGGGAGGGUGAGCCUUACCCUGACAUUACUGGAAAGCUCGACGGAGAGGCAGAGACCCUGAACGAGAAACAGUGGGAAUGAGAAAACGAAAACUCUACUCAAUCCCGAGCUGCUUGACCCUCCCUCUUCUCUCUCAGAUAUACAUCUCACUCGACUAGACGAAACGCAUUUCCCUCUUCGAGCCGCAUCUCCAUCUUCGAGCCUCAUAACUCUCUCUCUCGAACCUCUUACUUUUCUCUCUCAGGCCUUCUUUCUCACCCCGACGCCCUAACCCCAAAAUCUCCCAAACCCUAGAAAAUCUCCAAAAUCUCCUCGGAACAUCUAACUCGAAGACCUUCUCUCUCUCUCCCCCCGUCAGCCCCAAGCCGCUGGAGUGAUGGAGCCUAACCUUUGAAGACUCAUCUCCCUCACCCCUUUCAGUAGAAGAAAUCUUCGUCAAAGGGACCGAUUCACCACAACCUUUUGAAGACCAUCUCGCUCACCCCCUUCAGUUUGAAGAAAUCUCCGUGAAAGAUUUACACACGUCCAUUUACCAUGAUGCCUAUAUCAGCUGUUGAGCAUCCUGGAAAUUUGACUUCGUAUCUUUGCCUUUUCUUUUAUUCAUAUGGCGGAUCCGGGUGAAAAUCAACAGCCUGAACAAGUCUGCAACUUCUUCAGGAAGCCAUCACGGAACAAAAACAUCAGAAAGCGAACAGUUGUUGAGGAUGAAGAGGAGGAUUCAAAAAUGGAAACCUCAUUCUUACACACUGAGAAGAAAACCUUAAAGCACGAGAGUAAGCUGUACUUCUGUACUGGAUCCUCUAAGCACAAUACAUCAACGUCUGCUGAAGCGAAAAAGGAAUCUGAGACACCAAUUUUUCAGUUUGAGUCUUCAAAGGAAAUUCAAGUUGAACAUGAUAGCAGAGCAACAGCGACGCUAGAAACUGAGACUGAGUUCUCAAGAGAUGCUCGUGCAUUGCGUGAGAAAGCUCUUAAGCAAGCAGAUGAGGCUUUGAAGGGGAAAGGAAAGAGCUCUGGGGAUGAAAAGCUUUAUAAAGGGAUCCAUGGGUAUACUGAUUAUAAGGCUGGGUUCCGAAGAGAGCAAACAGUUGCCAGCGAGAAAGCUGGUGGGGCACAUGGGCCUUUGAGGGCUUCUGCUCACAUAAGAGUUUCAGCACGAUUUGAUUAUCAGCCGGACAUAUGUAAGGAUUACAAAGAGACUGGUUACUGUGGGUAUGGAGAUUCAUGUAAGUUUAUGCAUGAUCGAGGGGAUUACAAGUCUGGAUGGCAGUUGGAAAAGGAUUGGGAGGAAGCAGAGAAAGCAAGGAAGAGAAAUCUAGCUUUGGGAGUAGAUGACGUGGAUGAUGGGGGUGCAGAUCCUGGUGAGGAAGAUGAUGAAGAUUCUUUGCCAUUUGCAUGUUUCAUUUGUAGGCAGCCUUUUGUUGAUCCUGUUGUUACCAAGUGCAAGCACUAUUUCUGUGAGCAUUGUGCAUUAAAGCAUCAUGCAAAGAACAAGAAAUGCUUUGUCUGCAACAAGCCAACGCUUGGGAUUUUCAAUACAGCUCUCGAAAUUCGCAAGAGGAUGGCUGCAGAGAAUAAAUGAGGGUUGCUCAAUGGGUUGGCGUCCCUGUGAAUAUGUUUAUCAUACUCCAGUCAUUAUCUCCUUGGUUGCUAAACUGCUGUUGUUCUAGUCAUUGUCGUGAUUCCGCGUGUGUGGAGAUGGUGAAGUCAAAAGCGGCCACGGUACGUUCUUCUGUUCUCUUACUCUCUGAACAUCCAUCUUUGUACGUUGCCUUAAAAUCCUGUUCACAGCCUUCAGGUAGUUGCUCGAGUCAUGGUCUCUGAGGAUCGUACCAUCUGAACCAUAGGCGGUGGGAUCGCUUAGUGUCUCUAGGGGGGGGGGACUAUUUAGGAAGGCUGCAAGGGCAUUUGUAGAGUAUCCACAUUGAUUCUUGUCCAAGGCAUAUAGAGCACUACCUGGAGGGAGUAAAGGGUGAGAAGGAGAUGACUUCUCAUCAGGUUGCAGAAUGAAUAGUUUGCCCAGAGGAGAGUACAAUAGUUUCUGCAUAAACAUGGGAUAGGGAAAAGGUCAGUGAGAAAACCAAAAAUUCAAAGCUCCAAAUUCAACAUUUAACAAAUUCCAAGAUUAUUAAUUUUGAAUUUGAACUGGAAAGAUGAUA